AUGACAUUGAAAGUGGAGGGUGACAUAGGCUAUGGCAGUGUGGUAGGCCCAAACCUCAGCCUUGCAGGCAGUCUUGGUGGUUCAGAGACAUUUCCUCUACUGGUCUCAGAGACUGAACCUAACCCAGAUACAUGGAAGCCCCUUUCCAGAGAAGAGCUGGAGUCAGUUGCUGGAGGACCAGGCUGGAAAAAGUUCCGUUCUCGCUUGGUUUUGCUCUUCUGGGUGGGCUGGCUCACCAUGCUGGGUAUUGCUGUUGCUGUGAUUAUACAGAGCCCACGGCCUGCACCUGGCCACCUACAUUGGUGGCAGAAGGAACUUUUCUAUCGCCUACAACCAGCCCUGUUCCUGGAUGUAGAGAGUACAGGGUCUGGACCAAUAAGCAGAGUAUCCGAGAGACUUCCUUACCUCAAGUCCUUAGGGAUCGGGGUAAUGAUUUUAGAAGGGCUGUUCAGGCAUGAUGUCUCCAUUCUUAACCUGACUCAGAUUGAUCCGAGGCUAGGCACUUUGCCCCAGACGCAACAGCUCAUUACAGACAGCCACCAAGCAGGUGUGAAGAUCAUUCUGGACCUCUGUGAAAUAGAUCUGCCUGGUGGACCUGUGUUCAAUAACGCUACAGAGAUGCCAUCUAAUGCAUCUAUUUACAGCCAGGAUUCAUUAAGGUAUUGGCUUGAGCAUGGUGUGUCAGGAUUUGAAAUCUGUAAUGCUGAUGCUGCUUUUUUUGAGAAGACACUAAAAGGGUGGAGGGAACUGAUCAAUGAGUACAGCAAUGAAACCAAUGAAAGGAUUGUAAUGGUGAGGCAGAUGGGUAACUCUUUUUUAGCGCUGAAUAUGUCCGAUACAGUUCUAAACAGCUCCCUAGUGGAGCUGGUAUCGAAGUCUCUUCUCCCUCUAGCCACCUAUCCGUUAUCUGCUUCUGAGAUAGCCGAAGCUAUGGAAACUAAUCUGAAGACGUUGCAGGGAGAGUGGCCAAGUUGGAGAGUAAAUGGACCAAUAGCAUCAGAGCUGCAAAAAAUAUUCAUGGUUUUGAUGAUGACCCUCCCUGGGACUCCCAUUUUCAGUUAUGGUGAUGAGAUCAGCCAGACAUCAAAUAAACACCAUCUGCGCUCCACAGCUCUCUUCAACUCUCUAAGUCGCACUCGGUCUCAUGAAGAAGCGCUACUCUAUGGUACCUUCACCUUUCUGACUUUUAACACCACAUCACUCAACAGUGGUCCUUCUAACUCCACAGCUAUACCUCCUCUAGCCUUCCUCCGUUCAUGGGAGUGUGUUAACUUCCUGGUGUUGUUUAACCUGGGCUCAGAGCCUCACUCACUGGACAUGCAGCAGUUCGUAGGCUUACCUGAGGAGGGGAUGUUUGUAACAAGCACAGGUCUGGAUCGCCUCGGCUCAGUGUCCCUUCAGUCCAUAAAGCUUCAGCCACAUGAAGCCAUUGUCAUGAAGUUGUUUGAGGUGGAUAGUGAUGUCUGAGAGGCAGGAGGUUCUGCCAACAGGCACUGAGCUUUCUAAAAUGCAAAUUGAAAUAAA